CAAUAAUUCAAGCAGCAAGCUAUCAGAAACACUAAGCCACAAUGUUCAAAUACGCCGUUGUACUCUUCGCUCUCAUCGCCUGCGCUGUUGCCAAGCCUCACCUUCUAGCCACCGCACCCUUGGCUUACGCUGCUCCCGCUGCUGUUGUCGCCGCUCCAGCUCCCGUUGUGACGGCUACCAGCAGUCAAGUGAUAGCGAGAAACUACAAUGGUAUCGCCGCUGCUCCUGUUGUUGCUGCCGCUCCAGUAGCCGCCCCUGUUGUUGCGCGUUAUGCUGCUGCUGCUCCUUUCGCUGCACCAUCAUUGGCUGCUGCCUCUUACGCCGCUUCACCUUUCGCUGCUCCAGUUUUGUCACACUAUGCUGCCGCUCCUUUGGCCGCUCCUCUUUGGUGAACGUUGUGGAGAGAUCCUUAAUGAA